UGCAGAACAUCUUCCCCCGAGCAGCUCCAGUGACUAUGUGCCGGCUGGAGGAGGAGGCAUGAGCAGUGAGGAGAAUGAGAGUAGAGAAAAGUGAAAAAACGGAUAGCAGAGCAUAUAGCGGGAGCAAAAUCUUCAACCGGAGUUCACACUAGAGAAAUGUCAGGGGCAUAGAGACUUCUUAAAGAUUCCCAUGAUGGCUCCGUCACGUGAAUGAAAUGUUGGACUUCCUCCGGAUAAGGAGCCUAAUUUUUCCAUUGAUGGUUAUCACAGAGCAGCUGUGUGCUUUAUGUCCCGUGCCCCUUGGAUAGGAUAUCUCGCAACUGGCAGUACGGAGUGGCAUAAUGACACUCCAUCUAAAGCAUACAAUCUAUGUGUUAUCAAUACUUGUAGUCUCUUUCCUGGUGAGCAUGAUGUAUCAUCACAGCUUAAAAAACAACAAGAAAACAGAGUGUUCUAAUAGAGAGAAUGGAAUUAUAUUAAGGAACACCACUGCGAAGGCUUCAGAAAUAGAAAUGCGGAUAAGUGAAAUCUUCAAUGAGAUAGACCAGAGGAUACCUAAAGUAACUUUAAUUGAUAAAGACAGUGCAACAAGUGCUACAAAAAGCAAAGUGUUCAUUAAAAACCCCCAAAACAGUUAUUGUGUCGGGGAUCAAUUAAUUGUACAGGUUGAUGUGUAUGAUUAUCUGGGAAAGAAGAAAUCCUAUGGAGGAGACUAUCUCAGAGCAAGAAUUUCCAACCCAGAUAAGAGAGCCGGAUCUUCAGGGAGAAUUGAAGAUCUUAACAAUGGAACGUAUCAUAUUCAUUUCACCUUAUUUUGGGAAGGUAAAGUUAUGGUGACUGUAUUUCUUAUGCACCCAAGUGAAGUUGUCUCUGCUCUCUGGAAGUCAAGGAACAGCUGGUAUGGCCAAGUAGAAUUCGUAGGAAAGUUUACCCGUAAAGGUAAAGAAAUGGUGACAAAGUGCGGAUAUGCUCUCGAUAAAAAGGAAGAACUUUGUGAAUAUGCUGACCACGAGAAUGAAGAAUACUUUUAUUGUGUCAAACCUCAGGACUUCCACUGCGAUUCAUUUACUGAGUUUAAAAAUUGGAAAACUUCUGCUACACAGCUGUCCAAACUGGAAAACAGUUUCCUUACACAGUCAAAUUAUGGAGUGGAAAUACCAGUAAAUAUACCAGCUAUUAAUGUCGUUCUCUGCAACAGUUCAAGUUUAGGGAAUAAAGAAUACUGCAAAACUGGAAUGGGCUUAGAAUAUCCCAGUGGACAUGUCAUGCAGGAAAUAUGGUACCCGAAAGGAUGCACAAUGAAAACCUAUCACAGUAUGGAGGAACUGAACGCAUGUUUGAAGGGAAAGUUCCUUUACAUGUUUGGAGAUUCGACAAUGCACCAGUGGAUGUCAUAUUUUGAAUACAAGUUAAAAAGCAUAAUGAAAUCCAUCCUAGAUUAUAAAACCUAUGUGUUAUCGAUAGCUGUAGUAUGUUUCCUGGUGAGCACCAUGUAUCAUCAAAGCUUCAAAAAGUGUUCAAAUAGAAAGAAUGGAAUUAUAGUAGGAAACAGCACCGAGAAGGCUUCAAAAAUAAAAAUGCGAAUAAGUGAAAUCUUCAAUCAGAUAGACCAGAGGAUACCUAAAGUAACUUUUAUUGAUAAAGACAAUACAACAAGUGCUACAAACAGCAAAGUGUUCAUUAAAAAACCCCAAAACAGUUAUUGUGUCGGGGAUCAAUUAACUGUACAGGUUGAUGUGUAUGAUUAUCUGGGAAAGAGGAAAUCCUAUGGAGGAGACUAUCUCAGAGGAAGAAUUUCCAACCCAGAUAAGAGAGCCGGAUCUUCAGGGAGAAUUGAAGAUCUUAACAAUGGAACAUAUCAUAUUCAUUUCACCUUAUUUUGGGAAGGUAAAGUUAUGGUGACUGUAUUUCUUAUGCACCCAAGUGAAGUUGUCUCUGCUCUCUGGAAGUCAAGGAAUAGUUGGUACGGCCAAGCAGAUUACGAAGGAAAAUUCACAAGUAAAGAUAAAGAAAUAGUGACAGAGUGCGGAUUUGCUUUUGAUAAAAAGGAAGAACUUUGUGAAUAUGCUGACCACGAGGAUGACGAAUACUUUUAUUGUGUUAAGCCUCAGAAUUUAAACUGUGGUACACUUACUGAGCUUAAAAGUACGAAAACGUAUGCUUCACAGCUGUCUAAACUGGAAAAUAGUCUCCUUACAAGGUCAGAUGUCAGAGUAGAAAUACCAGUAAAUAUAUCAGCAAUUGAUGUCAUUUUCUGUAAUGGUAAUAAUGGUUUAAGUUCAGAGAAGAAAGAACACUGCAAAACAGGAAUGGGCUUAGAAUAUCCCAGUGGACAUGUCAUGGAGGAAAUAUGGUACCCGAAAGGAUGCACAAUGAAAACCUAUCACAGUAUGGAGGAACUGAAUGCAUGUAUGAAGGGAAAGUUUAUUUACAUGUUUGGAGAUUCGACAACGCUUCAGUGGAUGAAAUAUUUUGAAAACAAGUUAAAAACAUUGAAAUUGCUCAAUGUCUAUGAAUCCGGGUGGGCACAACAGCAUUUAGGGGUGGACAUUGAAAGGAAUAUCUAUGUUCAGUGGAAAAGACAUGGAAGACCCUUUAUAAAUUUGCACUUUACAUCUAUCAGAGGAGAACGCCUAAUUCCACGUGAAAUUGACAUUAUUGGAGGCGGCCCAUAUACUGUGAUCGCAUUCACCAUUGGAGUACAUUUUAGAUUUUUUCCUGUCCAUCUCUAUAUCAGAAGACUCCUCAACAUUCGUCGUGCUAUAGAACGUCUCCUCAUCAGAAGUCCACAAACGAAAGUUAUUAUUAAGACCGAGAAUACAGGCAUAAUGAAAUCCCUCCUAGUGUAUAAAACCUAUGUGUUAUCGAUAGCUGUAGGCUGCUUCCUGGUGAGCACCAUGUAUCAUCAAAGCUUCAAAAAGUGUUCUAAUAGAGAGAAUGGAAUUAUAUUAAUAAACGGCCCUGAGAAGGCUUCAAAAUUAAAAGUGCAGAUAAGUGAAAUCUUCAAUGAGAUAGACCAGAGGAUACCUAAAGUAACUUUAAUUGAUAAAGACAGUGCAACAAGUGCUACAAACAGCAAAGUGUUCAUUAAAAAACCCCAAAACAGUUAUUGUGUCGGGGAUCAAUUAAUUGUACAGGUUGAUGUGUAUGAUUAUCUGGGAAAGAGGAAAUCCUAUGGAGGAGACUAUCUCAGAGCAAGAAUUUCCAACCCAGAUAAGAGAGCCGGAUCUUCAGGGAGAAUUGAAGAUCUUAAUAAUGGAACGUAUCAUAUUCAUUUCACCUUAUUUUGGGAAGGUAAAGUUAUGGUGACUGUAUUUCUUAUGCACCCAAGUGAAGUCGUCUCUGCUCUCUGGAAGUCAAGGAAUAGCUGGUACGGCCAAGUAGAUUAUGUAGGAAAAUUCACAAGUAAAGGUAAAGAAAUGGUGACAAAGUGCGGAUUUGCCCUUGAUAAAAAGGAAGAACUUUGUGAAUAUGCUGACCACGAGAAUGAAGAAUACUUUUAUUGUGUUAAGCCUCAGAAUUUCAGCUGCGGUUCAUACACGGAGUUUAAAAAUUGGAAAACUAUUGCUUCACAGCUGUCCACACUGGAAAACAGUCUCCUUACAAGGUCAAAUGUCAGAGUAGAAAUUCCAGUAAAUAUAACGUCAAUUGAAGUAGUUCUCUGUAAUGGUUUAAGUUCAGAGAAGAAAGAACACUGCAAAACUGGAAUGGGCUUAGAAUAUCCCAGUGGACAUGUCAUGGAGGAAAUAUGGUACCCGAAAGGAUGCACAAUGAAAACCUAUCACAGUAUGGAGGAACUGAAUGCAUGUUUGAAAGAAAAGUUUCUUUACAUGUUUGGAGAUUCGACAAUGCACCAGUGGAUGUCAUAUUUGGAAGGCAAGUUAAAAACAUUGAAAUUACUUAAUGUCUAUGAAACCGGGUGGGCACAAAAGCAUUUAGGUAUCGAUGUUGCAAGGAAUAUCAUUGUUCAGUGGAAAAGACACGGAAGACCGUUUGUAAAUUUGGACUUUGCGUCUGUCCGAGAAGAACGUUCUAUUUCACGCGAAAUUGACAUUAUUGGAGGCGGCCCAUAUACUGUGAUCGCAUUCAACAUUGGAGUACAUUUUAGACUAUUUCCCGUCCAUCACUAUAUCAGAAGACUCCUCAACAUCCGUCGUGCUAUAGAACGUCUCCUCAUCAGAAGUCCACAAACCAAAGUAAUUAUUAAGACCGAGAAUACAAGUGAGAUGGUAAAUGAGUUUGAAGGAAUGAGUGAUUUCCAUGCAUAUGUCCACUACUUCAUAAUGGAAAUAAUCUUCAAGGAUCUCAAUGUUGGCUUUGUUAAUGGUUGGGACAUGACCACAGCAUUUAAUGCAAAUCAACUACAUCCACCAGAACCUUAUAUAAGAAAUGAGGUUCUGAUGUCCACAUGGUCCUAGUAGCAACUGAUUCAGUCGGCGCCGGCACCCACUGAAUUAUCCACCUGGAGAUUCCUCAUUAUGAACCCUACCUAUGCAAAUACCUCACUGCAUGUACUUUUUGGGUUAUCCUGUGCGUACAGGUUCUUAGGAGGGUCAUCGCAAUCUCUAUCCUGGUCAACAACACCUGCAGGAAGACAACAGUGGAUUUCUAAAUCAAUGCAAAUAUAGUAUAAUUUUGAGGUUGUAGUGGGCUCCUUCAAUGUAAUUUAAU